AUGGAGCUCCAAGAUACAUACUAUAAUAAAUCGGAAUAUGUAGAAACCGCUUCGGGAAAUAAAGUAAGCAGACAAACUGUGCUCUGUGGUUCUCAGAACAUAGUCCUGCACGGCAAAGUAAUAGUUCAGAGUGAUGCUAUAAUUAGAGGAGAUUUAGCAAACGUAAAAACGGGAAGGUUCUGUAUCAUAAGCAAAGGCUCUGUUAUUCGUCCUCCUUUUAAAAAAUUCAGCAAGGGCGUUGCAUUCUUUCCUCUCCAAAUGGGUGAUCAUGUGUUUGUUGGAGAAAAUACAGUUGUCAAUGCAGCUGUAGUUGGCUCAUAUGUUUAUAUAGGAAAGAAUGUUGUUAUUGGGCGUAGAUGUGUCCUUAAAGACUGCUGUAUGAUUGAAGAUAACUCUGUACUGCCUGCUGAAACAGUAGUUCCCUCUUUUGCAAGAUAUUCUGGCAGCCCAGCUCGACUCAUCACCACAUUACCUGAAGCCACACCAGAUCUGAUGACAGAAUUCACUAAAAGCUAUUAUCAACAUUUUUUACCAACUACAGUGCAAUAA